GUGGAGUUCGCUCUCUCGUCCUCAAAAAUAUCGAUCAUUUUUCUUCUUCUUCUUUACCAAAUCAAAAAAAAAUUCCUAAAUUUCAGAAGUUGGUUUCAGAUGAUUCCAUGUUAGUUUCACACAUGGAGCAAAAAACUCUAGCGACUACGCCUCUUUUCUUCUUCUUCCACCUUCGAGGAGCAACAAUUGGUUCAUCAAGGGCGUUUCAUUGUCUUCUCCUUCUCUCAUGUCUACUGCUUUCCUCAAUCAAUACACUGCAUAACUUAGCUGAAUAUGAGUCUUUUGGUUCCAAUGGCUUCUACACUUGUUAUGCUGCUAAGGGGUUUAUGGGCUUUAAUGGUGGAGAUUCUAACUGUGUAACUAUCCCAAAAGCUGACCAGAAUGUUUCUCCCAGUUCUCAGUUGUUAUGUUUCCUUUCCGUUUUAGGACAAGAGAAUCAGUUCGAUUCACUUAUACCUUUUUUUGGGUUGGCUUAUCCCAAAGGACCGUUGAGUGGCUCUGCUCCCAUCAGAAAGAAUCUAUUAGCUAUAGUGUGGAUGCCUCUAAAGCAUGCCCACAUAAUAGGGUUUCAGCCAUUUACUGGAUUAUUUCGCAUAGGUGACACUCCUUGUUACAAGCCUCUCUCAAAAGAGCUUUAUACUAAGAAGAACAUGAGGGAGUUGAGUAUUUUGGUUUCGGGAAAUGUUUUUAUGGUGAAUCAUCAGUGGGAAGGAUUUUCAUUAGAGCCAACGGAAUCCAUCAAGUUUUUAUUUUUCUACCAUACUGAACUCUCUUGGGCAUCGAGAGUUGUUGUUUUUGGAGUACCUAUGAAGGCGACCUCACCAGUUUUGAUGCUUAAUAUCUGCAAAAAACCGGUCUUUUGGGUACAUACUAAGAAAUUCUCAGUUGCAGUUCUUAUUGUUGCUGCUUUAGUCAUUCUGAUAUUUUGCUUCAAUGAUUACUUCAUCGAGGAGAACAACAAGAGAAACAAUUGUAACCACAUGGAGUUGAGAGAAGUUGAUAAAUCAUCUACAAUCACAAUCUCCGCUAAAAUGGAUACUCUGCUAAGAUUCAUAAGCAAAGACACCCUCCAAAGAAUUAUUGAGGCUUCCAAGAACAGUAACAUAAAGCCAGUUGCUUCUGUUUCUUCUUCCCACAAAGAAGCAUCAGAAGAUUUGAAUUUCACAAUAAAAACUGCAAAAGACAAGAAGAGGCGCCGGAACAAAAAGAAGAAGAAAGGAGGAAUUAAUGGAUUAACACCCGAGCGCAUAGAUGUUUCAAGCAGUCACAGUGGACACUCAACUCCUAUGUCUCCAAUGUCACUAGAACCAUCAACUACUCGAGCCACAACGAAGCCCGUAAGACCUUCUCCUAAACCGAUCCUAUCGCAAUCAACAACGUUUUCGUUUUCAGGGGUUAAGCCAAUGAUCAUACAACGUAGCUUACUGGCUUCAAAUGUGAGAGCACUUGGAGCAAACUCAAAACCCGAAGUGAAAGAAGAGAAGACAAAAGAUUAUAAGUAUGAUAUCUGGGGAGAUCACUUGACAAGACUUCAUUUGAUGGAUAGGUUUAAAGAGGUGAGAGAAGGUAAAAGCCCAGGUUUUGAUGGAUAUGAAUCUGAGAGUUUCUUUGUUAAGGGUCCUCAAAACUUAGAUUCUCAUGGCAUGCUUGUAAGUUUUAGCGACCAGUCAGGAUAAUUAGAAGAAAAAAAAACUAAAAUGGAUAAUAUAUAUUUUAUAUAAUAAUAAAUCAAAGCCCGGUGGGCUUUAUGAGCAAA